AUGUGUAGGGGUUGUCCCCCUAUCAUUCUUGGCGGUCUUACCUUAUCCUAUCCUCGCAACGUCAGGGGAUUGCCUCCUCGGUUGCAGAGCCCUGGAUGUGUAGGGGUUGUCCCCCUAUCAUUCUUGGCGGUCUUACCUUAUCCUAUCCUCGCAACGUCAGGGGAUUGCCUCCUCGGUUGCAGAGCCCUGGAUGGGAUUGCCUCCUCGGUUGCAGAGCCCUGGAUGUGUAGGGGUUGUCCCCCUAUCAUUCUUGGCGGUCUUACCUUAUCCUAUCCUCGCAACGUCAGGGGAUUGCCUCCUCGGUUGCAGAGCCCUGGGUGUGUAGGGGUUGUCCCCCUAUCAUUCUUGGCGGUCUUACCUUAUCCUAUCCUCGCAACGUCAGGGGAUUGCCUCCUCGGUUGCAGAGCCCUGGGUGUGUAG